CCUCUGGGAAGAAGGAGGCCACUCCGGUGUCACGUGGGCGCUCUUCUCGGCAGGUCCACGUGGACCCCUCCGGCACCUUCCUGGCCACGAGCUGCUCUGACAAAAGCAUCUCAGUGAUUGACUUCUACUCAGGCGAGUGUGUUGCCAAGAUGUUUGGCCAUUCAGAAAUUGUCACCGGCAUGAAGUUCACCUAUGAUUGCCGUCACUUGAUCACCGUGUCGGGAGACAGCUGUGUCUUCAUCUGGCACCUGGGCCCUGAGAUCACCAACUGCAUGAAGCAGCACUUGCUGGAGAUCGACCACCGGGAGCAGCAGCAGCAGAACACAAAGGACGGCGCAUGGAGCGCCCACCCCAGACAGGAGAUAUAUGCAUCCGUGCCUAGUGAGAUUUGCUCCCUGAGCCCUGGAGAGCAGACGGAGGAUGAGCUGGAGGAAGAAUGUGAAUCUGAAGAGUUGCUGAAGACCCCAUCCAAGGAGAGCUUGGAUCCAGAUCCUCAGUGCCUGCUGACCAACGGCAAGCUGCCGCUCUGGGCGAAGCGGCUGCUAGGAGAUGACGACGCCGCAGACAGCACAGCCUUCCAUGCCAGGCGCAGCUACCAGCCGCAUGGCCGCUGGGCAGAGCGGGCUGACCAGGAGCCUCUUAAGACCAUCCUGGAUGCCAGGGACCUGGACUGCUACUUCACCCCCAUGAAGCCCGAGAGCCUGGAGGAUUCCAUCCUGGAUGCGAUGGAGUCACAGAGACUGGCAGGCCUGCUGAGCGAGUCCGAGAAUCCCCAGGAGGAUGGCUGCGGGCACCCUUCCUUGUCACCCCCACAGCGAGAGUCUUCUGAGGCCAGCGAGCUCAUCACCUGCCCCCCGGAGACAGAGGUGACAGUCACAGGGAGGGACAGUGAGUACUGUGCGGAGGAGGUAGUGGAGGCGCGCGGAGACCAGCAAGGGAACCCCUUCCUCCCGGUCCCCUCAAUCGGCUCGAAGGACCGGAGUCCACCUGAGGACUCAGGGGAGUCAGAGGCUGACUUGGAGUGCAGCUUCACCACCAUCCAUUCCUCUCCUCCACAGCCAGACCCAGAACCUCAGUUUGACACAAUGCCCCCCAUACCAGGAUGCCCAGGGACUGCAGGAGAGUUGCCCAGGCCCGAGGUGCCAGGCAUAUCCAACAGCUCCCUGCCCCAGACCCCUGAGCAAGAGAAGUUCCUCCGCCACCACUUCGAGACGCUUACUGAUGCCCACCCUGAGGAGCUCUUCCUCGGAUCCCUGAGAGACCUGAAAGCCCCUGAGACCGAGGAUGACUUCUUCAACCCCCGACUGAGCAUCUCAGCCCAGUUCCUCUCCCGCCUUCAGAAGACAUCCAGGUUUCCCCACACCUUCCCUUCCCGACUUCCCCGGCACCUCGUGAAGUCCUCAGAGGUCAGACUCACGGACCUCCAGGGCGAGCCCCCAAGAGUGGGUGCUGGCUCCACCUCCCCAGUCAGGACCAACGUUGUUCCUGGAGGAAAGGCUGAGGAGACGCUGGAGGUGUGGGCCCCACUGUCCCCCUGCCUCACGGGCCUGGCGCCCUGCAUCCCCUCCUCCUCUGCGCUGCCCACAGACAAGAAGCCACCAGCACCCACAGCCCUACCCGCUGCAGGCCUGGCUCACGGUGUCCACACCCCCACCACCCGCUCCCACAUGGAGGCCACUGCCAGUUCCCAUGCCAAGAUGUCCCGCAGCAUUUCCCUGGAGGAGCUGGCCUCCCUGAGCCAGGAGUGCCAGGCUGUCACCACUACAGUGACACACAGUUCUGACAGCGAGGGCCGAGAACCUGCCCUGCCCUCCCGGGGCAACCAUGAGGCCCGCGCCAGCCUGAAACUCAGCCUGUCAAGCAUCUGUGACAGGCUCUUGCUGCCCCCACCCCAACUGGAGCCUCCCACCACGUGUGUCUGGUCCCAGGAGCCUGUGGACACCGAGUGCAAUGUCACUGUUACGACAGAUGGUUUCCCAGCCCACAGCCCUGCAGAUGGGAUCACCUCGAGGCUGCACAAGUCCGCCUUUCUCCCAAGGUUCCUGGCCCCUGUGCACCUCGAUACGCCUGUCCUCCCCGACAGUCCCCCGCUCCCAGAGGCCAGGCCUCGGGUGCUUGGCAGCAUCGCCUCUCUCCGGGAGCCCAGCCCUGAAGUGCCCAGUCCAGUCCAGGACUGCCCUGGACACUGGGAGGACCCCAGGGCGCCAACCAGCUUCCUGCCCCCAGACCCCCUGGAGCUGAGCAAUGUGGGGACUGUCGUGCACAGACUGCAGGCUGCCUUCCAGGAAGCCCUGGACCUUUACCACCUGAUGGUCUCCAGUGAUGAGGUGAACGCCGAACAGCGGCAGGCACAAACUGAGCUGGCCUCCACUUUCCUCUGGAUCCACAGCCAGUUAGAGGCUAGUGACUGGCUGGUGGGGACGGAUGUGGCCACAGCCCAGGCCCCGCCCAGCCCAGGUGCUCCCUCCCCGCCUACCCUGUGCCCCCUGGCCAGCCCGGAUUUGCGUGCCCUGCUGGAACACUACUCAGAGCUGCUGGUGCAGGCCGUGAGGAGGAAGGCGCGUGGGGACUGAGGGCCAGCAACCUCUCCGCCGCAGCCCUGUGUUUCUGAGGAAAUAGGUAUUUUAAGCAA